UAGUCGGUUUAACAAUAUUUAAUACACAGUAUUUAUCGAUAUUUUUAUUAGAAAUGUUUUCGACCUUAACGUACGUUCAACAACAGCGACUUUUCAAAGAAUUCCCCGAGCUGUCGCCUAAUCUCAUCAGACGAUACGAGAAGACUUUUAUCAGGUAUGACACUAACAACGACGGAUACUUGGACAUAGACGAACUUAAGAGCAUGAUGAUGGUCAGAGGUGUACCUUGGACUCAUUCGGCAAUCGUACGGCUCAUAAGAGAUGCAGACGAAGACGGUGACGGAAAAUUAUGUUUUCGAGAGUUUUUGAUAACUCAUCGAAAAAAUGCGGAAUGGGCUCGACGCGUGUUGUGUUCUUUACCCGAAAUCGACGUCGGCCGAGUAGGAGUGAGAGGAGCUAAAAGAUACUUCGAAGCCAAACAACCUCAACCAGAAGUCCACCACGCCAAACAUAAUAUACAUUGAUGUCAAAACGCGUUAAACUAGUUACCAUAAUAUGAGUCAAGACAUUUAAUCAAGGAUAACACAACGCACAAUGUAAUUAGAUAUAUAAUUUAAUUUUUAAGAUAUUCUUGAAAUACUUAGAUGAUGUAUUUUUCAGUUUUUUUUAAUAUACACAUUAUGCUUGU